GCCUCUAGUGUUAUUGUGAUGAGGAGGCGGGUCCACCGUUAACAGCAGCAACGGCAGUAGCAGAGAGGAGCGGCUCAGUGCGGAGUGACAGGGCGUUCUCUUUUACAUGAUUAAAACACUAAACGGACACGAACAAGCGCACAGAUCGACAGGAACAUAUCUGAAACAUCCAGUCCGUCAUGGAGUCCUAUGACAUUUUAGCUAACCAGCCGGUUGUGAUCGAUAAUGUAAGUAUGAUGAUGUCAUUCAUCCACACCCAAACCGAGGCCGCGCUGUUAGCCGCUGUUAGCCUCUGCUAGCUUCUGUUAGCACGGUUUACUACUGUGUUAUAACGUCCGUUUGAAACAAAGAGGUUCAGCCUCAACUACCUCUACUAAGUAUGCAGCUUUUUACACUCAAGUGUGUCUAAAAAACUUAAAAACCUGUAACUGUAAGUAGCAGCCUAAAUGUAGCUGCAGCUGUAGCUAACUGACAACAGCUACCGGCUAAAGGUCCAAUCGGGAAAAUGGACUGUCUGUGUCUGUGUUUGUAUGUCUGUUAAUGUGUCUGAGUCUGUGUCUGUGACUGUGUCUGAGUCUUAAGUCUGUGUCUAUCUGUCUAAGUCUGUGUGUCUGUGUGUUAUUCCAGGUCUUCUAUGUGUUUCUUAUGUUAAUGAUCUAUAAUAUUGUGAUGACCUGUCAAUACGGAUCUGAGAGUCCUCAUCCUGGACUGGUACCUCUCUUGGAUUCAGGGUCUGGGUUUGGGUUGUAAACUUUGACCACCAUGAAUAAGGACUUUGAGGCUAACAGAGUUUAAACAGUAAAAAAAAAAAAGACUGUUAUUGAAUAUUGUAUUUUUAUUAUACACUGUUAUCCUGGUAUAACCCUGAUUCAGGUUUCUUAGAUAUUCACUUUAUAAAGGGUUUUUUUUUUAAUCAGGAAUCCUGGAUGACUAACAAAGCAACACAAUAUUCCAUAUGUGGUCUACAACAACAAUGAUACCACAAGACAGUAGGGCUGGGCGAAAUGGGAAAAAGUUCAUCAUGAUAUAUUUUUUUCAUGUCAGUCAACAUCGAUAUAUAUGACGACAUGAAAAAUGAGAUUUAACAAAUGAAUGGUCGUCUGUUGCGGCUGCACAGGCACCAUGGUCUCCUUGCUACUCUCGGGGUUUGUAACCUUUUGUGUUGCGCGUGCUCUGCGGUGUGGCGCUGCUUCAGGUGGUGAAAAAGAUUUGAGGUAUUCCCUGACUAUGUGAGAACAUGUACUUGACAUAAUUUACAGUACACAUUACUCUGCUUUAUGUCUGACCUCAAAAUACCUCCACACCACCAAUGUUUUCAUGCCAUUGUUGUCGACGAUGUCGUCCUCUGUUGAGCCUUCAUCGUCAUUUCUGUCGGGGGUAGCACUCAUGUUCUUUUUUUCUCACCAACAGUGCUGUCGGCUUCACCUGUUAAAGUGCUAUGGUUGCGUGUAGCAGCUGUCUGCUACAAUGCAGUUGUUUGAUACUUGGUUCUAAUUCAGCACAUGAUUGGUUCAGCGCGGCGUGGACCUGGAACAACUCGCCUUUUCAUUGGCUAUUCGUAUAGUCUACCAAAACAUGGCAGAAUGACGACUAUUGAAAAUCAUAUUGACCGUGUUUUAUAUUGAUAUUGAGGAAAAUUAAUUUUCAAUAUAUAUCGUUAUCGUUUUAUCGUUCAGCCCUACAAGACAGCUACUGCUGUUGGAGAAUAACCAUAUAACCUUAGAUCAUGAUGAUAAAAAUGCCCUUCAUAAAGCUGAAUGUGGAGCUGAGCCCUAAUCAAAGCCUCUGAAUUAAACAUCUUGUAUGUUGUAAAUGGAGCUGCAAUGAUGCAAGUCAAAUUUCAGACUGUGUUUGACAAUCAAGUCAUAUUUAAUCUAAUCGAAUCGAUGAAAUUUGGGUCAAAAAUACACAAAUCUGAGGUUAUGCAUUUUGAGCGUCAGGAGACUUUAGUUCUCUGCAGCAGUCGCUAGUUUGACUCUCAUCCACUACCCUUUUCUGUAUCCUCUCCCUUGCUCUCUACUCUCCUUAUUCUCUGUCCCUCUCCGGCUGUCCUACGCACCAAAAACGAUAGCUUCGUUGUGUACACUAUCCCACACCAGAGAAGUCACCUGUUGGACAAACAGAUAAGUUUUCAUCACCAAAUGUGAGCGAAAAAAACACCCUCAGUGUGGGAGUGAAGAGAUCAGAGUCAUGCCGUUAAAAACUCAUGUUUAGAUGACAUUUUAGGAGGACAGACGAGCAACAGUUAAAAACAUUGAGUCUCAGAGUCCGUUUGAAAGAAGUCAUGAAACUCAACAGUCUCAGGACCGGCUGUUGGCUAAGUUCACCUGAGGGAGAGAUGUUCUGAUUUGUACAAUCACUGCACCUCUCAUUAUUUUAUCCUCCUGUUUUUAAAUAAAGAACCACACACUGAGAUAUCUGCUCGUUUUUACUUGAACACCGUCUGUUCUGACUCUGUCUCAGUCUUUGGACUCAUGAACACAAAAGACAAAGUCUCUGUUGAGACUGGAGGGAUGGAGGGCAGAGUGUGUGACUGCUGCUGGCCUCAGGCUGUGUCUUAUGACCUCCCUCUCUGCUCACAGAUUAAAAUACUGCAGCUCUCAGUUCACUGAUUAUCCUCUGAUCUUAAAUGUCAUGUCUGUUUUCCUCCCCAGGGUUCAGGGGUUAUCAAGGCUGGGUUUGCAGGAGACCAGAUCCCCAAAUACUGUUUCCCCAACUAGUAAGUAUGAGUCCUCUCAAAGCACUCAGAUCCCCGUCCACGGCCAUAAUCACACAGUUACUUUCAAUAUUAUCUUAUCCUCUGGUGAUUUUGAUGAGACUUUGUUUGUAACAUGCUGAAAAUUUGAUAAAAGUUCACAAAUAUCAGUUACAUUUAGUUAGACAAACAAUCUAGAUCCCAAAGAUAAACAACCUUUACCGAGGACAACAUAGAGAGUAAGACAUGUUCAAGACCUUGAGUAUCGCUCUUUUUGUUCGAACAUUAGAUUUAUUUGAAGUUUCCUGAAUAAUUGUCUUCUGCUGGUUUUGUAAUAUUUUUGUUUGAUUUUGUUUGACGCAGUGUGGGACGUCCGAAGCAUGUACGGGUGAUGGCCGGAGCCUUGGAGGGAGACCUCUUUAUUGGACCUAAGGCAGAGGUAACACAUUCACACACACAUUUUUCAGAGCAGUUCAUGUAUAUAAGGGAAAACUCCACAGGGGAGCGUCUUUGUGUUCAAACUUGGAGGUUAUUUUUACACACUACGGCUCUUAUUGUUUAAAAACGCUGCCACAUAGGAUCCUACUGUAAAAGAGUCGUCUGGAUCAGACCUCAGCCUGCAGCAGUCUGGAGUCUGUAACCGCAGGAAGAUGUGAAAAAGUCUUCAGAGAUUCUCCAGAACUUUCAUUUUAAUAUAACUUGAAUCAGGAGGAGCAAACCUUGUCAUUAGGAUUCAGUGAUCAUUGUGAGAAUGUUUUCAGCCCUAACUCAGUAAUGCGCUGAGUGUUUUUGAUUUCAGAUUUCCUGGGUUAUUUUGUUUUGUGUCGCUCUUUACCUUUUCUGGUUACUUCCUGCCUCUCAGCACAGAAGCUUCCAGAACUUAAACUCCAUAUUUGUCAUACCAGCUGCAGCAUCGAUGAAUCCAAGAGCUGUUCUCCUCUCGCUGUUCCUCAUGGACGUGUCUAUGUAAUCAGACUGAGGUUAAUUAAUCCCACCUGCUAACCUCUGAUUGGUUGAUUGGUUUUCCUACAAUGCAAUUAACUAGAAAUGAGCUGAACACCAGGAGCAGCCUACAAGGUGGAAGAGCUGAGAUACAGACACUAGAUGUGGAUGGGGACUUCAGUUUAAUCCUUUCUUGAUUUCAGUCAUUUUUCUGUCGUCUGAUAACGAGUCUGCUAUGAUUACUUCUCAGUCAUCCAAUGGGAGGAAGACUUUUAGUAAUUAGGAGGUGAAUGGUUGUAUUUUGAUUUAAUCCUGGCAUCAGAAGUUUUAAUGAUGUGAUUUAAGCUCAUUAGAGCUCAUGUUGGGGAUGCUCUCUGUCUGCAGAGUAGUAUCCCCACUUUAGGAAAGUCCCAACACUAGGACUGCUAAUUUAGUCGGUGUCUGUGAUUGUGCAGUGUUUAAGUUCCUUAUGUAGAGCAAGAUCCUGAAAGUAAAGUUGGAUCAGAUCAUACAGCCUCCUUCCAAUGUCUCCAAAGAUCCUUCAGGCAAACACCAGCUGAGAUGUCAUGUGACUUUUUUUCCACGUUGCCUCUCUUUGCCACUCUGUCAUAAAAACUGAAGCAGACAGGAAACAGCUGUUAGAGCAGAGGCUGGUGCAUGUAUUUACUAGGCACUUUUAGAGGUUUGGACCAGAUUCAGCUGAUCACUAAUGAGCAUGUGCAGCAACUUUAGAAACCAGCCAUAGACUGUAUGGAUGAAAUGAAAGUAGACCCACUGAAGUCAGUCUGAUUCUAUCACUCAGUACGUUUACAUGCUGUUUCCGACCCCAUACAACUGUCAGCGACAACAGCAGGUCCGUGUCAGACGUCAGAAGUGUCUACAACUGCUGCUGGGAAUUUUGGAGCAAGAAGAUGAAGCAUCAGUACAGCAUUGUUUUUGUCCUACAUGAUGGACACGCUAUUUUUUCUGCAGAUGAGACGAAUGCUACUCCUCUUCUCAGGUGUUUUCGUUCCAGGGUCACGGGGGCGCGGCACACGCACACAUGCACUGUCCUAUCAUACUCCAACUACACUGGUUACAUGGUAGAGAAAAUCGAAUUCCAAUUGCAUUAUCUGGGUGUCUUAAUUGGAGUUCUCGACUCCGAUUAUAGUCGGACUAAUGCGUUUACAUGCACUUCAGUUGUCCGGUCUUUAUCGGAGUAAGGCGAUAAUUCGGUUUUCUUGAGUGUCAUGGAAACGUACUGAAUGUCAUCUGUGAUGUUUCUGCUGCCUGCUCUGUUCUGGAUCUUUGCUGCUGCUCUUCCUGCCUUGACUUUCCAUGUACCUGCAUGGAAAGGCAGGGAGCUCCCAGAACAGAACAACACGCUGCAUGUAAACCAACGAUUUCCUUCGACUUCUCUUCCCAGAGAUUUUAUAACAAAUACAUUUUAUUUAUAAGCACCUUUCUGGACACUCAAGGACACUUUACAGAGUAAAAACAGCAGGAUAAAAGCAAUAGAGAAAACAAAGCAAAAUAGGGGGAAAAAAAACAAUAUAUAUGUAUGUAUAAAUAAAACAAACAAAAACACAACAAGGUAAAUUAUAAGGAGUGUGCUAAUCUGAACAGGUGAGUUUUUAGUCUGGAUUUAAAGAGAGGGAGAGAAUCAAUAUUCUGGAUGUCAGGUGGGAGUGAGUUCCAGAGAUGGGGAGCAGAGCAAAGGAAGGUGUUGAUUGGCGCCAAACGAUCAAAGUUUGACCUACUGGUCUUGGUUUUAAGGCUCUAAUUGUGGUGCAAACAGACCAGAGUUGAUAAUUUAUUUGACCUAAGAGGCUUAAAGGGUUUCAGAGUCGACAUUAAAGUGUGGGCCCUCUGAUCAUAAUGGGCCGUAAUCCUCUCUGCUUUGGAAAGCCAACGGCAAUCCUGACUCCAACAAAUCAACCACUGUAUGACUAACAGUGAGCAAGCGCACACGCAAACACACACAAAGCUAACAGAUCAAUAACACAUGGGUAAAAUCUGACAGAGUUAAAGCUCAGAGUUGAGUUCACAGCAGGACGGAGAAUUUGUCUAAAACUUCAUUUAAGCACAAACUCUGAGCUGAGAUGACACCUGCCACUCACAGAGACCACGCCUCUUUUUUCCUUCACUGUAAACCUUAAAGGGAUAUUCUACAAUAAAAUUAAUUUAGGGUCAAACACACUGUAACACCGAGUUAGAGACCCCUUCCAGAGAUGAAUGUUGCCGACCGCUUGCUUCUCUUGUUAUACCAACUUUAGUAACGACCGCAGGAUAGCAAUACAGAGAGCCAAGCACUCAACCAAAACACCACUCUCUAGCCACAAAAAAUGCUCAGAACAGCACCUAACUUCAUCAACAGUACAUACAGGGUCCCAGCCAUAGUACUAGCCACCAAACAUCUUUUUAAUUUUGACUAAUUUCUUUAGCAAAGAGACUAAACACAACUCACCUACUCUCUUCCAUCAGCCGCUUGUUUGUAGCGAGACCUCAGGCCAGUCCAUUACAGACUACAGCAGGGUGACGCAGCUCAAGGAAGAACAUUUAUGAUAAUUUCUUCAUGGAAAUACAAUCAGACCUGGCACCAAGGUAGAAGAACUACCGCUUCUGCAGUGAAAAAUGAUUAAUAUGGUGAUUACUACUUCAAGAAAAUGAUAAAGAAAUGAUCAUUAAUGUUCUUCCUUGAGCUGCGUCACCACGCUGUUGUCUGUAAUGGACUGGCCUGAGGUCUCGCUACAAACAAGUGGCUGCUGGAAGAGAGUAGGUGAGUUGUGUUUGGUCAUUGAUGCCUAAAACCACAAAUAAUGGCCAGAAAAUUCAAAUUUUUUGGAGCUGAAAUGUUUAUUUUAUUCACUACUGAAAACCAAAAAAAUCAAAAUGUCCUUAAAAUUGAACAAAUAUAUUUAUUUAUCUCAUUUGACACAUUAGAUGUUUUUGGAAACUGAUAAACCACAAGAGGACAUUUUUUAUCAUUUAUAGGACUGUAUUCAGGUGUUUUUUUAGUAAUUUGUUGAUCAUAUUGAUUUUAUAGAAGUAUCAUAAAAGUAUGUAUCAAAUAUGAUACAUACGGUGUGUUUGACCCUAAAUUAUUUUUACACCGGAAUAUCCCUUUAAGAGCCUCCAGCCUUUGGGGACUUCACCAAGCUGUUACCGUGUUUAUUUCUACUGUAACUUUGGUCUAAUUAACAUGGAGCUCUGUGAGGAUGGACUGAUUUUGAAGAUACACUCGAGGCACUGCAGUUUCUGAAUCCCUUUUUCAGCCCUGGAGGUACUUUAAGUGUCAAACAGAUGUCCUGCUGUUUCUUUGAUCGUCUCUGCAGCUUGUGAAGUUUGUGGCUGAUCCUGUCUCAGCAGGAGGAAGAAAAUUCAUUUCAGCUUCAUUUGAUCCUCCCUGUUUUCACGUUCCCUCUCUGUGUUGAUCAGGAGCACAGGGGCUUGUUGUCGGUUCGAUACCCGAUGGAGCAUGGCAUCGUGAAGGACUGGAAUGACAUGGAGAGGAUCUGGCAGUAUGUUUACUCCAAGGAGCAGCUGCAGACUUUCUCCGAGGAGGUGAGCUUUCUUCUAUCCCCUCCAUGCAUGAUGAGAAGGUCACGUGUUCGGCAGACGCCUGAAUGCAUUGUUCUGUUCCCAGCAUCCUGUGCUGCUCACCGAAGCUCCGCUCAACCCCAGCAAGAACAGAGAGAAGGCUGCCGAGGUUUUCUUUGAGACCUUCAACGUCCCCGCCCUCUUCAUCUCCAUGCAGGCUGUCCUCAGCUUGUGAGUACACCUCUGUUUGUCUGUGCAUGUGGGUCAGUUAGAGAUGAACAGAAUCUCACUGAGGUCUGCAGCUUUUCUAAACUCAAAGUGCUGACUUCAGACUCAAGUUAGCGAGAGGUCGAAUCUGUGGUUCAAAGUGUUUCUGUUCUUAAUCACACCAGGGCGGUAUUUUUAACACUCUCAGAACCAGAGAAACAAACUCAGACUUCUUUAGUGUCCGCUUUUGUCACAGCUGGAGGGUGGAUCAGCUGGUUGACUCGGUUUGAGUAACCUGCGCUCUGUCUCAUGCAGGUACGCCACAGGUCGAACAACCGGUGUCGUGUUGGACUCUGGGGAUGGGGUCACUCACGUGGUGCCAAUCUAUGAAGGCUUCGCCAUCCCACACUCCAUCAUGCGCGUCGACAUUGCAGGAAGAGACGUGUCGAGGUACCUGCGUCUGCUGCUGCGCAAAGAAGGCUACAACUUCAACACGUCUGCAGAGUUCGAGGUGGUCCGCACUGUCAAAGAGGUGAGGGGGAGGGGCUCUGAUGGCUGUGUUGGCUCUGAAGGACAAUCAAAUCGACGUUUUUCUGAUGGCAUGUGUGACUUGUGUCCUGCAGAGAGCCUGUUACCUCUCCCUCAACCCACAAAAGGACGAGACUCUAGAAACAGAGAAGGCUCAGUACGUCCUCCCUGACGGCAGCACUUUAAACGUGAGUCACUCCUCCAAACCGUGAAAAUCCUCAUGCUCUUCCACAGCUUGGACCCUUAAAUGUGACUGUUUUUGUUCUCCAGAUCGGGCCAGCCCGGUUCAGAGCGCCAGAGCUGCUCUUCAGACCCGAUCUGAUCGGAGACGAGAGCUCGGGGAUCCACGAGGUCCUGGCCUACGCUAUCCAGAAAUCUGACAUGGACCUGCGACGCACACUCUUCUCCACCAUCGUGCUGUGUGGAGGAUCGACACUGAUCAAAGGUGAGAGCCUCCUCGGACCUCUUCAGCUGAAGACUCAGACUCAAGAACAUGGUCUACAGCCAGGAUGGAAACUCUCUCACUUCCUGCGUCUGUUUCUUUCUUUUAGGAUUUGGGGAACGACUACUAACUGAGGUCAAGAAGCUGGCGCCCAAAGACGUAAAGAUCAAGGUGAGUGUGAGAGUGAAUAUCUGAGCGUGUUUACACCGAUUUUCUUCUUCUUCAUCAUCGAGUCUUUAAUGUUUUUCCUGUCGGAGACUCGUACCUAGGGAUGGGAAUUAGUAAGAUUUUAUCAAUAUCAAUGCCUUAACGAUUCCCUUAUCAAUGCCUUUCUUCAAUUAAAAAAAAAAAAAAUUAGGUUUUCACCGUUAACUCAAAAUUUUAUUGAGUCUCUAAUAACAGAAAAAGAUGUAUGCCACCUUCAGUGAGAGUCUAAAAAUAAUCAAAGGAAAAUGCUAUUUGUACAGCAUUUCUGACAUGCAUUGUGUUUAUGUUAAACAGGACAUACUUUAGAGUGACCAUAUUCUGAAUCCCCAACAAGAGGAUACUACUACGCAGAGCAGACGUGUGUGCAAUUUUGAGGUUUAUUUUUUUAUUUUUUAUUUUGGUCGGGUUGAGAGUUUUCUAUGCUCUUCUAACUCAGUUAAAUGCAUAUUCUGAAUUCCCAAAGAGUGCAUGCUGCGUCGCGUCAGUGGCUUUGCCAAGAAGUGAGUGGAGGGGCAGAGCUGCAGAGCGCACUGAUGCUCUGCACUGUUUUAUAAUCAAUGAAAACACUUUCAGGACAUUUGAAGGAUUUUAUAAACUCCCCCGGACAGCCCCCAAAAGAGGACAUGUCAGGGCAACAGAGGACAUAUGGUCACCCUAACAUAUGUACUUUCAAUGCCGUGCUGAGACGGAGCUGCAGCGGAUGACUUUGAUUCCCAUCCCUACUCGUACCUCUUCUCUUCAUCUUCAUUGGAGAAGGACUAACAGUUGAUGUCGACUAAAAUAAACUUCAUAUCCUUCAACAGCUGAUUUUUGUUGACAACAUUGUUUUGAUUUCUCCGUAGAUUUCGGCUCCUCAGGAGAGGCUGUACUCCACAUGGAUCGGGUAAGUUUUUCGCUUCUCACCGCGUUCUGGGUUCGAUAAUUUCGGUGUUAAACUCUCCUUUUCUCCCCGACAGCGGCUCCAUCUUGGCGUCGUUGGACACCUUUAAGAAGAUGUGGGUGUCGAAGAGGGAAUAUGAAGAAGACAGAGCUCGUGCCAUCCACAGGAAGACCUUCUAGAAAGGGGGAGGAGUCCCCCCAGAACUGCCCUCGAACCCCCCCCCCCCCCAAUCAUCAUACUGUAGGGGAUCCUCCUGCACCUGUGGUCUCCAGUACCUCUGCAUCACCUUUAUCUAAACCUCCUGUCAGCCCGCUUUAUGCCCCUCCCCCACCCUGAGAAACACUCGCCUUUCUGCGCGCAGGUUUCCGUAUUUACCUCCUUUUAUUUGCCUCCUGUUGUUCCUGCUGCAGGGUGACGGCGGCGGCGCCCUACACCCCGCGACCCCCCCCAACAUCCACCUGCACUCAUACACUCAGACAGACAGACAGACAGACAGAGGGCGGUGUCAAGGUCUCUGAGAGGGCAGAUUUCAGCACUGUGGACUCAUGCUCCAUGACCUUCAGUUAGUCCACGUUGAAGUUUUGGUGUUGCUCGCUCGCUCGCCUACAGACGCCCUGCGAGCUGUAGAUUAUUAUUAUGACAUGUCAAUAAAUCUGAAUGUUUUUUUUUUUCUUUUUUUUGCUACUGUUGAAGUUUCCAUUCCAGACCGAAGAUUUAGAUUUUUAUUUGAUGUCGACUUUUCGUCUGUUUCUGACAUGAGUUAGCUCGCACAGGGCAAAGGUCGUCAGUACGAAAGGAGUCAGAAUCUAGUGCGCAGGUAAAUCAGAGAACCACUGUAUUAUAUAGAGAUCUGGCCUAAACUGCACAUGACUGCGGUUAUUUAUCACCCGACUGUCUCGAUUAUUAAUAUUAUUAUUACCAAUGAAAUGUUUCUACAUGAACAUGACGUUACGUGUUUGUCUCGAUGAUGGUGAUGAUGAGGAAAAUGUUCAGUCACUGAGUCGGCGUUUUUGUUCCAGCUGACGGGAUUAAAAAACAACAAAGUCCAGAAAAAUGCCUUGAUUUUUAUUUGAAGUUUACUAAAGUCAAAGUGCACAUGAUGACCACCACACUGAGAAGGAGGGAUGGGGUGGUUUUGAACCGGGUCUGAAGAAACAGUCGACACAGACAUGUUAGUGAAGUUUUAGACUUAACAGGUCUGCAGUAUUAACCCCUCAGCCUCUGAAGUCCAAUCUGUGUGAAAAAUGAUCAUCCAAAUUCACCUGAAAGUAAACGUCCUGAAACUCCCGCAUAUGUCCAAAAUGAAAAAAACUCUUAAUCAUAAAAAAACAUUAAAACAACAAUCAGUAAAUCCUCAUUUUAAAAAGCCAGAGCAACAAAGUUUAUAUUUCAAUCAUUUGUUGCUUCAUUCGAUCUUAAAACAACUUAAAACUCAAUUUUUAAAUCACUUAAGUUUAAAAGCUGACCAAGGUUAAUGUCUAAUGUCUUUAUGUUUCCUGAUUGUAAUUUAAGAACUUAAAACUGUUCAAAAAGCUCAGAAAUUUGAUUUAUUUCAGCAUGUAAUGGGAUUUAAGAGUUGUGCAGAAACAGCUCCUGUGCAUCUGGAAGUUUCAUCUCAGCUGUUAAAAGGAAAUCCAGCAAAAUGUCUUCUUUUAUCGUGUCAGUUUCACAAACUUUUGACUCUAAUUUAAACUUUAACCGUCAAUUUACUCUUAAAGUUUAUGAAAAUGACCGAAAGUUGAAGAAUUUUUGCUGUUGAGAUUCACCACGUUCAAUGACGGAUCUGUCUCAGUUACUCUGGUGUCAGGUUUACUCAGAUGCAUGAAGAGCUUUUCAUCCAAAGUACACAAAAAAAGCUUAAAACACUUAAACUGCUGAUGGUUUUAAAGAAAAGGGACCUCAUCCUGGACUCAAAAUCUUUUUUUUUAAAAAGUUCCUCCAGUUUGAAAAUGUUUGAAAAGUCCACUCCUCUCGACAAAAACGCUGCAUUUGAGCUCACAAGAGUUGGAGUUAAACGAGACUGUUGCUGAAGACAGUUUAAAAGCACCACAUGUUCUCCUCGUCCAGUGUAAAAACCAUGACAUAAACAGCAGCUGUUCCAGUUAUCCCCCUCCUCUUUAUUCAGACCCAUGUCCGUGUACAGAGACAUGAAGCCGAGCUCUGGAGUUUGGAGCUUUUGUACUAUCCCCUCCUCUUUCUCUCUCUCUAUGUCUUAGUAAAGUCUCCUCAUUUCUCAGCUGGCAGUGAAGGGGUUGUGUCCGCCUCUUCCUGGAGUUUUUAAAAAAGCUGAAAAAAAGAAAAAAAUCCAGAAAAAGAUCAUCAGCCUGGUCUACAGGGGAAUGCUUUUCAACAGCAACACAACACCACCAUCAUAUGAUAACAACAGACUAACAAUGUACAAAACUGUUUAUUCAAGUGUUUGCUUUUACUUUUCGUAAAUUCAGUAUAAUAAUAAAUAAGUUCAUGGCUGCUGCCCAAGUGUCUUCUCAUUGAUUCAUCAGAUGGUGCAACAAUCUCGAAGUGAUUGAAACACUGUAAAAUGUUCUUAAUAAACAGAUUUUGAUCAUUUAGAAAUCCCUCAAAGCUUUUAUUUUAAUUAAAAAACAACAUUUUAAGAGAAUUUUAUAGUUUUAUUUGGAAAAAGUUUAUAAUAUAUUUAUAAAAAGUUGUUAUAAAGGAACAACCAAUCAGGUUUUACCAAAUCCUGAGGCCAAAAAUCCUCCAUAUCCAACCAUGAAGUCAGAGAUUCGUGCUGCAGUUCUUUCAGUCUCCAGCAGAGGUCAGUGUGGCAGCAUCACUGUAAAUAAACAGACACUAAUUUCAUAUUAUCAGAUACUCUUAAUGCUGCACUCCUGGAAUAACCUCCACCUGUCACCUUUUUUUUCCUAAAUUCUCAGAGACACAUCGACGAUUAAUUCGGAGGAAUUCGUGGUAACACUUUAUUUGACGCCUAUCUAUAACGCAUUAUAAAUAUAUGUAUAAUGCGUUAUAAUCACGUUAUAGCACUGUAUAACUAUAGUAAUAAACACUCAUAAAUUUUCAUAAUGCUUAACAGCAAUAAUCAUAACACAUUAUAAAGCAUGACUUACAAGGUCAGGUAUUAAAAUGUGUUAUAACUUAACAAUUCACUGCCAAGCAACAUUGUUAACAGUUAUAACACAUUAAAAUACCUGACCUUGUAAGUCAUGCUUAAUAAUGUGUUGUGAUUACUGCUGUUAAGCAUUAUGAUAAUUUAUGAGUGUUUAUUACUAUAGUUAUACAGUGCUAUAACGUGAUUAUAACGCAUUAUACAUAUAUUUAUAAUGCUUUAUAGAGAGAGGCGUCAAAGUGUUACCGAAUUCGUUUUUAUGAGAGACUGCAGCCUCCAAAAAUCAUGAAACCAUUAAAUCAGCAUCUGCAAAAGUUCUGAUUUUUUUCAGCCUGGUUUUCUAGAAUUAAAUAACUACUGUAUGUAUGGUUAAUUCAGAUGCUUUGAUUAGGGCUCAGCUCCACAUUCAGCUUUAUGAAGGGCAUUUUUAUCAUCAUGAUCCAAGGUUAUACGGUUAUUCUCCAACAGCAGUAGCUGUCUUGUAGGGCUGAACGAUAAAACGAUAAUGAUAUAUAUCGAAAAUUAAUUUCCUUCAAUAUCAAUACAAAACAUGGUCAGUAUGCUUUUCAAUAGUCAGCAUUCUGCCAUGUUUUGGUAGACUAUACAAAUAGCCAAUGAAAAGGGGAGUUGCUCUGGGUCCGCUUCACACUGAACUAAUCAUGUGCUGGAUUAGAACCAAAUAGCAAACAACUGCGUAGUAGCAGACAGCAGCUACACGCAACCAUAGCACUUUAACAGGUGAAGCCGACAGCACUGUUGGUGAGAAAAAAAGAAUGAGUGCUACCUCCGACAGAAAUGACAGAUGACGACAUCGUCGACAACACUGACACGAGAACGUCGUUGGUAUGGGGGUAUUUUGUUUUUUUUUUUGAGGUUGGACAUGAAGCAGAGUAAUGUGUACUGAAAAUUAUGUCGAGUACAUGUUCUCACAAAAUUGGAGAAUACCUCAAAUCUUUUUCACCACCUGAAGCAGCGCCACGCCGCAAACAUGCACAACGCAAAAGGUUACAAACCUCAAGCAGAGCAAGGAGCCCAUGGCAGGCGAAACAGCUGGCCAUUCAGUCUGCUUUCUCUUGAGCAACGCCUUACGACAACAUGUUGAAGAGACACAAAGACCUCACAGAUGCAGUAGAUUAUUGUAUUGGAAAAGACAUCCUACCAAUUAACACUGUUAAAUUUCAUUUUUUAUACCGUGAUAUAUAUCGAUAUUGACUGAUAUGAAAAAAAUAUAUUGUGAUAAUCUUUUCCCUAUAUCGCCCAGCCCUAACUGUACAAAUAAAUAAAACUGGCCGAGUUCUGAGAAGUUGGAGCAACAGGUUGUCUUUCUCUUCCUCUGCUUUGACAACGCUUAUGUCGAGUUCACAUUCCUGAUGAAUUAUUAAGUCGGCUCGUUUUCCUCUCGUUAGAUUAUUCCAAACAGCUCCAUGAAUUAUGGAUUCUCCAUCAUGGGGUAAACAUCAGCAUCCUUUAGAAAUGACUGUGGGCGACAAAUUGGAGAGGAGGAUGAGUGAGAUGAAGAUCUGAGAGCAGGAGUCAGCAGGUGGGGAGGGUGUGAGCUGCUCAGUCCCUCUCUGUCAUUAUUGAACAGCCUGCUGUCUUCAUCACUCUGACAGACAUCAGCUGCACUCUCUCUUCUUUUCUCUUGAACCUUGAAAGAGCAAGAAAACCGAGUUUUCAGGGGAGCGUCAGGCUCUCAGAUAAAUGAUCCUCCUGCAGCCGAGGCCUCCACUCUGCCAAGACGACGAGAGACUCCUUGGGACUCUGGUAAGAGCAGACAGCGAGGUCAAGGACCAGAUUAUACAGCGAGAAAACAGAACAAGACAAAAAGAGAGGAGAGUUUCAGCUCUCACUCAGAAAAACAUCGAUUUCUAUUCCACUAAGGACGAGCUGAAAUCUUACAAAGUUUUACAAAGAGGACGUCAAGUGUUCGAAGGAGAAUCGAUCCGAGGUGCUGAGGUUGGUAGUCUGUCUAAGAAGAAUGUGAAGUUUUUAAAGUCUCUUUUUUUCCUAUUUGUGAUUUUAAUGUCCAAACAUUUCACCCUCAAACAAAGACCUCCUCCUCUCAGAAAAAGACCUCCACUCAAAUAAAGACCUCCUCCUCUCAAAAAAAGACAAAGUUCAAAGUCACUGAAUCACUGAGGAUCUGUAUAAUCAGAAAAGUCACUUUUUCCUUCUACACUCCUCAUCAGUUUAUAGAGGAAGUUUGUCCUUAUAUGGAGAUAUCCUGUGACAUACUAGAAUCUGACAGAUUGAACUCACAACAUCAGAACCACUGCAUGUACACACUUUACAAACACACACAGUUUUCCGGUUCAGGUUUAAAAACUUGGAUCCAGAGUCUGUAUGUGAUGAACUUACCUCUCCUCAGUAAACGACAGUAAAAUUCUGUUUAAUCUGGACUUGUUUACAUUAAAUCUCAAUCUGACGCAUCUUCUUAAUAUUACACAGUAAUUGUCCGACAUGCUCUGAUCGAUAAAGUAGAGGCCUCAGCAAGGCUUACCCCCAGAUUCCACCACAUUUGGAACGGCGGCGAUUUUUGCAA